AUGAUAGUGGGCUCGACGACAAUCCUGGUCCUCCUAACUUCAUUAUUUGAGCUAUCGGUGAACGCAGCCAGUGUCCUACAUCAGCAUCAGAAACGUGCUCAAUGUGCAGCGACAUUAACCGUCGCCGAGAGCGUUGCGUCCACCCUGCAAGCACAUUACUACAAUAGCGGCACCGGGAUGUAUAACGGUGGCUCUCUCUGGACAGAUGCAAAUGCGUUGGAAGAUUUACACAACCUAAUGCUCGGCGCAGAUGUGGACACAUGGAGCACGAUCGCAGAUGGCUCUUACAUUGGCCAGGCGGCUCUUUCUUCAUCUACGGAUUGGGCUUCGUUACUAGGAGGCGCGAAUGAUGAUGCUGGUUGGGUGUUAAUGGCUUUGUGGAAGAUAGCUGACUACAAGGGGGCUCGCGGUCUUUCGAAUGCUGCAUACCUUAAUGCCGCGGCAACCAUAUAUAACCUUAUCGCAGGUCAGUGGGACGAUACCUGUGGGGGUGGAGUAUGGUGGAGUACCGCUCAUACGUACAAAAAUGCAAUCACAAAUCAGCUCUUCCUCUAUGUAUCAGCCGAUGGAUAUCUGAGGGGUGGAGGGCAGACAUAUCUCGAUAAUGCUAACAAGGUCUGGAACUGGUUGUCUGCCUCUGGAAUGAGAAAUUCGCAAGGAUUAUGGAACGAUGGCUUGACAGAUACUUGCGUCAAUAAUGGACAGACGACAUGGACGUACAAUCAGGGUGUCAUUGCUUCUGGUUUAGCUGCUCUUUAUUCUGCUACGAAAAAUACCACCCUCCUCGAUCAAGCAGAAAUAACACUGGAUGCCACAAUUUCUCUUUUAACUGAUGAUGACAUUCUUAAGGAAUCUUGCGAUGAUGCACUGUCUGGUGGAUCGGUUUGUGAUGCUGACCAGCAAUUGUUCAAGGGCCUGUGGACCAAACAUGUCCAGUAUUAUCUCGAUAUGGCCAAUGACAGCACUCGUACAGCCAAAUACAGUCCCUUCCUAGGCUCGCAGACAUCCGCUGUUUUCCAUUAUGGUACCGAUUCAAGCAACGAUGUUGGUUCUGUCUGGUACGCGCCGAAUCAGGGGGGUUCGAUUUUCACUCCGAAGACCUCAACAAGCGGACUGGAAGCCCAUGUCGCCGCAGCUAAAUAUGGACCUUGUUAG